AUGCCAGAUUCGCUGGACUUCUGCACUGCGAUUUAUGCUUGGUUGGCCACCGUGCAAAUUGCCGAAGAACACGACGAUCAACCGCCGCUCAGACACCGGCGAAAACGUCGCCGUAUCGAUCCCAGCAACGAGGCGAGGCUCCCAUUAUCGCCCCCCUCAUCGCACUCACCACGUUCCGCGAAUCAUUUCAUGAAUUCCACGCAGGCGAGAACAAAACGAAAGCAUGACGACGUCCAACAGGACGACGAGGACAGCAACUACGAGAAAAGCACGAACAACCCCCUACACACCCGCGACAUUCAAGCGACACCGCGAGCAUCAGAGCUUAACAAUCAACAGAGCUUACGGACGGUGACGCCCACUCUUUCAUCGGCGGAGAGCGUUUCGUCAUCGCAGUCGCGGACGUCCUCACCUACGAAACAGCUCAAGAGACUUGCCCUCGAGGCCGAUGGCUUUGUUCAUCGCAAGUUCGCGACCAAGCGCCGUGCCGAGUUACCCCCGUCGCUUAACAAACUCGUUGAAGAGCUGAAGAGCAUGAAAUAUGGUGUGAAGAUACUGGCGCAUCAUAUGCGUACCGAGUACGAAGAUUUUGGAAUACCAGACGACGCAUUCUUUUCCGAGGGCCAUCCCAUGUCACCUGGCCUGCGAUUUCCGCCCCGAGAUCUCGUCAAUUGGCUGCGAGAUCAGGGUGAAGACUGCGAACUGAACUUCCACGGCGAACCGAGCUGGAACACGGAGCUGCAUCUUCCAAUGAUGGAGUGGGCGUUGCGACCGAACCGCCAGCAUGGCCUUGUCGAUUACACGUAUUGUCCUGGUGCAAAGGUCACCACGGCUUACAAGCCCAAAUCGUUGACAUCCAACGUGGUUGACUUCUGCAUGGUUAUUCGUCCCCCGGAAGGAAGUCCCGAGGCCGACCGGAUCAAUGCGGUCCGUGAAAAUCUCCCGGAUGUGACCAUCAAUCACACGGAACACGGAAUCCUGUGCAAGAGCCCUAUCGUAGUGUCAUUCGAGACUAAGCGUCCCGGGGAGGAUGAGGAGAAGGCGAUGAUGCAGAUGGGUUCAUGGCACACGUCGCAAUGGAGGGGCCUGCGGCAUCGCCGCCACAAAAUGCCGGCGAUCCAGUUCUUACCCGGCGUCAUUGUCAUAGGCCACAGGUGGACUUUCGUUGCUAGCGUGAUGCAAGGUGAAAAGUCCAUUUUCUACAGCGGGGUCGAGUUUGGGAACACGUCGACCGAGUUUGGGAUCAUUAUGACGCUUCUCGCACUCAACCAUCUUACUCGAUGGGCGGAAGACACGUAUUGGCCCAUGUUCAAGGCUGAGGUCCUUGAGAUGGCAUCAGACAGCUGA